GCACCUUCAUCACAAUGCGCUUCCUCCUUCUCUCCGCCGCCCUCGCGGCGCAAGUCCUCGCCCAAGGCAAACGCGGCUUCAACUAUGGCGCAAACGGACCCAGUGGCCCCAGAGCACAGCAAGACUUUGAGGCCGAGUUCAACAGAGCGAAGACUUUGCCAGGAACAGCACCUUUCACUUCUGCUCGUCUCUUUACCAUGAUUCAAGCGAACACGGCCAAUGACCCCAGCAGUGCUAUUCCCGCAGCAAUUGCCACAAACACGAGUCUUCUAUUGGGACUGUGGGCGAGUGCGGGCCAGGACGCUUUCAACCAGGAAUUGGAGGCGCUGAGGAGGGCUUUGGAACAGUUUGGCCAACCCUUCAUCGACCUCAUCGACGGCAUCUCCGUCGGCUCCGAAGACCUCUACCGCAUAACCCCCACCGGCAUAGCCAACAAAGCCGGCAUCGGCGCCUCUCCCGACGACCUGGUCAAAUACAUCCAACAAACCCGCGACAAACUCAACGGCCACGAUAAUCUGAAAUCCAAGAUCGGCCACGUGGAUACCUGGACUGCCUGGGUCAAUGAGACAAAUUACCCCGUCACAACAGCAUGUGACUGGAUCGGAAUGGACAGCUAUCCUUACUACCAGAAAGAAGUCCCCAAUUCUAUUGAUCAAGCUAAAGAGCUCUUUUUCCAAUCUUAUAAUACGACCAAGAAUGUCUCGCAAGGGAAGAAAGUUUUAGUCACGGAGACAGGGUGGCCAGUUGCAGGACCGGAUUUCGGUCUCGCGAAGGCGAAUGUUGAUAAUGCGAAGCGUUUCUGGGAUGAAGUUGGUUGUGCGUUAUUUGCGGAGCCGGUCGAUACGUGGUGGUUCACGUUGGAUGAUUCGAAGCAGAAUCCCGAGGAGAUUUCGUUUAGUGUUGUGAAGCCGGGUUUGGGGGAUCCGAUUUGGGAUUUGAAGUGCCCGGGGCAGUAG